UGAUGGGAGGAGGAGGAGGAGCACGAGCACUGGCUAAGUUAACCCCACUGGAAUCAGCGUAGCACGUUUAGUGUAAGCAUGGCAGGCGACAGCGAAACACGGCUGGAGAACCAAGCCGAAAAUGAGCAUGCGAACCGGCAACCGUUUCUCAUCGGGGUGGCCGGAGGCACUGCCAGCGGCAAGUCCUCCGUCUGCGGGAAGAUCAUGGAGCUGCUGGGACAGAAUAAGAUAGACCACCACCAGCGGCAGGUGGCCAUCCUCAGCCAGGACAGCUUCUACCGCGUGCUGACCCCCGAGCAGAAGGCCAAGGCGCAGAAGGGCCAGUACAACUUUGACCACCCAGACGCGUUUGACAAUGAGCUCAUCAUGAAGACGCUGUGGGACAUCAUGGAGGGCAAAGCGGUGCAUAUACCCGUGUAUGACUUUGUCACCCAUUCCAGGAAGGAGGAGAGCGUAACGGUGUACCCUGCUGAUGUGGUGCUGUUCGAGGGGAUCCUGAUGUUCUACUCUUUGGAGAUCAGGGACAUGUUUCAGAUGAAGCUCUUCGUGGACACAGACGCCGACACUCGACUCUCCCGCAGAGUGCUGCGUGACAUCUCGGAACGAGGUCGUGACUUGGAGCAGGUGCUGACGCAGUAUAUCACCUUUGUCAAGCCUGCCUUUGAGGAGUUCUGUCUGCCAACCAAGAAGUAUGCCGAUGUGAUCAUUCCUCGCGGAGCUGAUAACCUUGUUGCCAUAAACCUGAUUGUCCAGCACAUCCAGGACAUCCUGAAUGGCGGCCUGACCAAGCGACAGCAGAACGGAUGUGUGAACGGUUACAUCACGCCUCGGAAGAGGAAGACCUCCGAGUCCAGCAGCCGGCCGCACUGACCUCACUUCCCCUCUCCCCAAAAAAAGCGGAGCGAUAGACGGAAGAGGGGAGGGUUAACUGUAUAUACCCGCCAGUCGGCUACACUGUAUUUAAAAUCAAGACGUAAUAUACAGGAACUGCAAGGCCUUCAUGAAUAUUAUUUUUGGACUGGAUGAAAUGUUUUGGAAGGUGAAAGAUGAUAUUUAGUUCCCAGCGUUGGAACAAACUGCAGGUCAGAGGCGAAGUGGCUGUUUUGUGAUUUAUUUAUUUAGGUUUUUUUUUAUUAGCUUCUGCCCCCUUGAUGUGCUUGCAGAUAUGAAUAAAGGAGGAGGAGGAGUGCUGGUGGAGUUUGGUGCUUCAGCCCUAGCUGUCUGUUCAGUUUCCAGCACUCUUGAUUUUUGGUCGGUGGUGUUGUCUUUAUUGUUGGGGGUGGGGGAAGGUGUGGUUGGAGAGGACACCAGUGACAAACACGCCUCUAUUUAUAACUGAGGAGUUAUGACAUGCAUAGCUAUGACAUGUUUUAGAAUCAGAAGUUCCUGAUACGAGUCAUUUACCUGCAUUUUUUAUUUUUAGUAACUUGAAAAACCUGAAAAUCAAAACCGAUUCUUUUUUUCCCCCAUUUAUUUCUUGUAUCAGGCCUGUCUCUUCACCGGUGUAUAGUCGGUGUUUGUGAUUUUUCUCCCGGUUCUGCUCUCAGUCCCUGACCACACCACUCCAACCCCACCCUACUCUAACCUGCUCAUCCAAUACUGCUCUGGCAGCAAAAAUGCCCUGGGUCACCAACUGUGAUAAUGCUCUAAGAGGGGAGAAUAAACUUGGCCCUGACACCUACCUCUCAUCCCAACAGUUCAGCCUUCCUCUUUCAGGUCGCUGAACAGCUUGCCUCUGCCACACGCGGACUGCUUUGUGUAAAGACCGAAUCGUUAUCUCUGCUAAGUUCGGUGUGUUAACUGAAUUCUCUGAAGGUGGAUAGGGGCAUCCAGUUGACUUGUGUGGAGGACUGCGGCCCUGUUUUCGCUGGCUAUUUUCAGGGAUACUUCAGGUUAUCUGCAUUCCAAUGCAAAUUCUCUGCCUUAGCAGCUCAGUAUCAACAUGCAAUUGUCAUAUGCUCUGAGUGCACCAAAAUGCUAUAAAUAAUUUUAAGUUUCAAAAUGCAAAAUGGUAUCUUAAAAAUUUUCAAAAAAAAAAUGUUUUAUAUUUGUCUUGUGUUGCUUGAUGAUUUCAUUGAAAUAAAGUUCAGUCUUCAUUUGCCUCAAGCCAUUAAAAAUCUUUUAUUUUGCGGUAAUAAACCACUGGAUCCACAUUUCUGUCUAAAGAGACAGAUGGACAUUGAAAGUUGUGUAUGGACAGUGCAUCAUUUAUUGACAAACUGGGCUAGUUAAGUCAGUCAGUCACUGCCAAAACAGACCCAGGUUCAUUCCAUUAAGCAUUAGAUUGGCUUUUGAAUUCCCUGUUACAUCUACACAUAUGCCAUGACUGUAUGCACCAUAUGUGAGUACAAACAAUGUGUAUAACGUGACCAGCUGGGGCAAAGCUUAGUCAUUUGUCCAUACCAAAGUUGCAGUCCCAAAAAACACUGCAUAAAUACCACAUGAAGUCCAAGGGAAUGGUCAUUAACUUCCUGUUAUCCAGUACUGUCAUCUCUGUGCGUUUAAGGAUCUUCUCUGCAGAGAUGGCCUCUGGAACAUCAGCACUGUCAUUAACUCUAGUGAAAAAUACUUGCCGUUUUAUGCUGGUAUUUUGCUGAUGGUUUUAUUAGUAUUCCUACCAUUUUUUUUCUCUCCCCAGUGUUUGAAGAACAUCUAUGAUAAAGUAAUAAAGCAUUACUGCUAGGAAACAGGGUAGUUUAUGAAAUAAUAUUUGUACUGUAUUAAUGUGUUCCCUGUGUCAAAGAAAAUUAAGUAAUGGUGUUUGAAUUUCAGCCAAGAACGUAUAUAUAAAAUUUUGUAUAUAUCAGGGUGGGGCGGGGGUGGACAGUGCCAAUAAACUUGAAUCCCGUAGUGUAAAGUAAAAUUCAGUAAUGUCUUUUUUAUAGUCUUCUUUUAUGCCUGUUGAUUCUCUUUUUUUCUACAAUCAGUAUUGUACCUUCUGUUAGGGACAGGUCUGUCACUGUUACUUUUUAGUGUCACUGGUAUCUGCCCUAUGAGUUAGGCCUAUUUCUUUCAUGGUUCUGCUUGUGGUGUGUGUCACUUGCUUUCCCAGGCAAUGGGGUAUGAAAGCAGGAUGUUUUGGGCUGUGGCUUCUUAUCAGUUACUUAACUGUAACUGCUACUGUAGUACUUUUUGUGAGGGUGCCUCAUGCUUGAAGUGUGGGAACCAAUUCUUUUUUUUAAGACAAAUACAUUUAAUCUCACUGUCACCAAAAACAGUCAAAUCAGUCAUUGUUCCUUAGGUAGGGGUGCCUACCUCUAAAUAUUUUUGAAAGACUUAUGCAAGCAGUACCAUUCUUUGCACCUUCCCACAAAUAGUUUCUGUUUUUUUUUCUGUACUUCCCAUUGUGAAUUGAUGCCGAUGUGGUUGUAUUUAGUUCCUGAUUAUUUUGAUUUGUACUCUGUUCUUACAGCUAAUAUGUCUUCUGUAAUUUUGCUGUAAAUUGGUUCUAAUGUUGGGGGAAAAUUAAGGUUGAAUUCAUCAAGUGAAAAAGAUUUCAAUAUAUAUUUAAUGUGUUGAGCACUUAUUUUAUGCAUACAGUAUAACGCCUGUGUUUAUGUAAGUACAUACUGUACAUAGUAUUGAUUCACAGGUGAAGGCAUUUGCAUAUUGUAUUUGUAUAAUGCAGAACACUUGAAGGUGGAUAAAUUGUAAAAAAAAAAAAAAAAAAAAGUUGCUUGAAGUGGCAGUCUAAAUUAAUGACUGAAUUUGAAGGCUGUGGAGAGGACAGUUCCAAAAUUGGUUUAGCUUAUUUAAACCCGAGAUUGGGGAUAAGACACAUUUUGCCUUCUGAAUAUAACAAUGCUUAGCUGAGCCAUGUAUUUUGUUAUUAUAAAAAUAUUUUAGAGCAUUACUUUUACAUAGGCAAUCAAUGAUCAGCUUUGGUUGCCAUGAAUCUAAGAAAUGAUUUUGUCUUCAUGCCUUCAUACACAAGUACACAGAUCAGAGGGAAAGUAAUGGUUGGAAAGUCUAGAAAGGCUAAAACCAAACAAGAUAAGUAUUCCUUUGACAUACAAUGUCUUGAGUCUUUUGGUUCCAGUUUGUGGGUAGUUACUCUUGUUACUUUUAACAAAUUAUUUGCAUAAAAUAAUGUAUAUAAAUAUGGUGAGUAGCUUUACUCAAGUUCUGUGAUUAAGUGUACAUUUAAAUGUAUUUAAACUUUGAUUUUGAAAAAUGACUAUUGGUUUUUCAUUGCCCGUUGCAGUGGGAUUUUCAAAGUUUAUUAUUUUAAUGGCAUGGAAGAAGUCUGAAUUGAAAGGGAAAGCUAAUGCUACGUGCAAUCAUUGGCAUGCAUUCUUUGUGGUGAUAACAGCCAUCCAGCCCUGACAGCUGUUUCUAUACACUAACCAAAAACGUUGGAUGCUGUAAUAUGCUGUGCACAUGUUUAUAUGACCUAUAUAACCUGAAGUGAAGGGAAUUUGCUUGGUUGUAGGUGUGCCACUUUGGAAGAGUUCGCCAUGCAAUAACACAUCAAUUCAUGGACCCUUGUGAAAUGCAGUGGUAGAUUGUUGGAAUUGAACAGACAAAAAUGAACAAAUAAAAUUCAUAUUUUCAAGCAAAUACCACUCAAUGAUACAAGCCAUAAAUGGUAUUUUAUGUUUUGAUUUAUUUCCCUGUGGAUUGUUUUUUUAGAUUAUCUGAAUGUUUUAUGGUAAUGUUUCCAUUUUAUUUAAAAUAAUGUUGAAUUUUUACUUUGCUUUGUCGUACUGCAACAUUUGUUUUGACCCUUUAAAAAUGUAUGAUAGUGUAAAUGGAGAUUACAUGUAAGAGGUUGUGUAAUCAAGCAGCAACAAUCGAACAAUAAAGAUUUUAUACUAAG